GGGAGACGUCACUCUCCCCUGUCACCUGAGGGCGGGCCCUGACGGCGCAGUGACAGCCGGAUCUGAGCGCUGAUUGGGUGGAGGAAAGCCUCUUACGAGUGACCGUUGGCCGAGUUUUUCAACCAAACGUCUUUUGUGCGAACUAUGUCCCGCCCACAUGUCAGUUAAGCCAAUCAGUGAGCAGUCUGGUUGAUUGUAGCUGUGUCAGCAUGUUCGGCUGUGACUCCGGGAACCGUGUGUGUGACAGGGCAGGCCUGACAGACAUGGCGAGCGCUGCAUCUGGAAGCAGCAGAUCUACGGACAAUGGUGGCCAGAAAAAGAGGAGGGGUCCUGGAGCCUUUGCUACAGCCUAUCUGGUCAUUUACAAUGUCAUCAUGACUGCUGGGUGGCUGGUCAUCGCUGUCGGCUUAGUCCGUACCUAUCUUGCCAAAGGAAGUUACCAUAAUCUCUACUACUCCAUAGAGAGGCCGCUGAAGUUCUUCCAGACCGGAGCUCUGCUGGAGAUUGUGCAUUGCGCUUUAGGGAUUGUUCCUUCAUCAGUGGUGCUGACUGCUUUCCAAGUUUCAUCCCGGGUGUUCCUGACGUGGGCUGUGACACACAGCGUGAGGGAGGUUCAAAGUGAGGACUCGGUGUUGCUGUUUGUCGUUGCAUGGACUAUCACGGAAAUUAUCCGCUACUCGUUUUAUACCUUCAGUCUUCUAAACCACCUGCCUUAUAUCAUCAAGUGGGCCAGGUACACCCUCUUCAUUGUCCUAUACCCCAUGGGGGUAGCAGGAGAGUUACUGACAAUCUAUGCUGCUUUGCCGUACGUCAAGCAGACCGGCUUAUACUCCAUCAGCCUGCCCAACAAAUACAACUUCUCAUUUGAUUACUACACCUUCCUGAUCCUUGUCAUGGUGUCCUACAUCCCCCUCUUUCCACAGCUGUAUUUCCACAUGCUUCACCAGCGGAGGAAAGUUCUUCACGUGGAGCGGAAGAAAGCUGAAUAACCCCAGAUCCUGCCUUUUCUCUUUUCAUUUUGUUUUCUUUUUUCCUUCCCCAAAUUUUUUAGAAACCCAAAUGCUGCAGACUUUUUGAGUACACCCUUUAAUACGAAAAUAAUCGGAUGAGGUAAAUUUCUUCAGGAAUGAAGUGGCGUGUCCUGUUUACAUACUAACACAGGCCGCUCUCCCAGCAUGCUCUGCAGGAGACCUGGAAUCUUUGCUACUUUGCCUUCUUUUUAUAUAUCCUGAUGUUUUCUGCCUUUUGUUACUAAACGCUUCAGUCAGGUACUGUGUCCGUUGUGACUACAACGCUUAUGAGUCCUGCAUGCAUAGCUAGUGUGUCGGCAGCAGUGCGCCAAUCCUCCCGGUGGCCACGCGGCGAGGGGCAGCGUGGCUCCGUUUAUAGGCGAGUGUCCCUCCUCUGCCACAAGGUCUCUUUGUGGGAUUUUUAGCAUCCGUGACUCUCUUUGGAUUAGACAUGCUAUUCCCAUGAGCCUUAUUUACCAUAAUUACUCUGCCUUCCCCAUACUUGGUAUUAAUUGGUGGAUCUGUCAGCGUGAUUUCACAAAUGCAGUAAUUAAAUAAUAUGGCGCCUUGCUGCUGUACAUCCUGUACCAUACUGACCGUUUAUAAGACAUUGUAAUAUAUGUUGCGAGGCUUGGGCUGAAUUGUGACUAAUUAUCAAUAUAAGCUUGGUACGAAUUGAUCAGACUUUUAUCUUUUUACAAACAUGCACUGGAAUCUGAUGUAAAAGAUCAAUGAAUUUGCAUUGUGCUGUGCUCGGCCAGCAAUCCUUUGUAAUGAAAUCUGCACAAACAGAUAAUACCUCAGCUAUGAAUAUGGUGAUCUCAGUGACCCACCUCUGCGUACAGUGUUUCCUCUAACCUCCCGCUGGAUUUCUGGAUGACCUGCAACUGUGUAUAGUUGUACAGUGUAUCCUCUGACCUGAUGCUGGGUGUCUCAGUGACCCACCUCUGUACAGUGUAUCCUCUGACCUGAUGCUGGGUGUCUCAGUGACCCACCUCUGUACAGUGUAUCCUCUGAUCUGUUGCUGGGUGUCUCUGUGACCCACCUCUGUGUACAGUGUUUUCCUCUAACCUCCCGCUGGAUUUCUGGAUGACCAGCAGCUGUGUAUAGUUGUACAGUGUAUCCUCUAACCUGUCGCAGGGUAUCUUGGUGUCCCGCUGCUUUGUAUAGGUGUACAGGGUAUCUGUCCUGUUGCCAUAUGUGACUCUAAACCUUUUUGGUGACAUUAGAAGUGACUGUUUUACCUUGAUGACCAAAUGAAAGGUCCUUUUUAAAGGCAGAUUCCUAUGCAGAGACUUGCUCACAGGGUAAGUGUAUUACUUGCCCUCUGGGUCCCUGCGGCGAUGCGUCAGGGGUGUUUCCAUUAUCCUUCUUAAUACAUGACAAUGUCCUACUACUCGAGCGUCAAUAUGUGAUGAACUGCAUUGUGCUGAUUCAACAGAAUUAAACUGUAAGUUGCUUUACGCCCAGCAGAUUGUUUUAUUAUUUUUCCCAGCUAAUAAGCGCUUGAUUUCCACCAUAAGGCAUAAAAAAAAUACAAGAUGGCUCAUUUACGAACAAUAAAUAAAUGAAAUAAUUCCACAAGAUGAAAUGCGCUAGACACCCUGAUGCGUGGGAAUAUACAGGCCGGACCGCUCCUAUAGGGUUUCCCCCAAAUACAGAUCUGGUCUUCCUAUUAGACCGUACUAUGAGCGUUGCGCUUUAGCGUGUUGUUCCAGUAUAGUGACGGCUGGUCCUGCAGGAAACCCCUGUAUAAGAAGAUGAUGAUUAAUGAUGGACCUUCAUAAGGCAUAGAUGGCUUCCUUACCUCUUUCUGGAGAGUCUCAAUAGUAUCUAUUGUAUGACUUUAUGACUUUUCUCAUUCAUGUCCCAGUAUGCAGGCAUGGCAUUAGAUGUUAUAUGUGAUGCUUGCGUAUGAGAGAAGAUGGCUAUCAGAACAUAGUUACACAAUAUGUGACACAGAUAUUGCCCUCAUAUGUAGUACGCAGCUGUAGGAAUAAGGCUUGAUCUGCAGAGACUUCCAAAAGGGCCAAAUAAAAUCCUGCAGCUCCGAUAAGUGGGUGGCCCACUGCCCUUUCAGCUGCCGUGGAACUACACAUCCCACCAUGCCCUGUCACCGUUAUAGCAUGCUCUAACUGAACUGUGGCAGGGCAUGCUGCGAUGUGUAGUCUCCGUUUGAAUUCUAGCUUUCGAGGGGGUGGAUGUGGAGAACACAAGACUGGAUGCAUCUACAAAUGUUUCACUCAUGAGUUCUGCAAGUGCUGUUCCAAACCGCUUAAUUCAUUCUGGGUUCAUACCGGACCUGUCCCCCUCUGCACAGGGCAGUCACUGCCUCGCUCCUUUAAUCCCUCAAUUAUCUUCUCUGCAUAUAUAUUUCUUUCAUUGAGAUUUAAUGAGGGUCACACAGCAGUCAGUAGUAGAACAGCCACUUCGUGCAAGUGUACCGUAUGCAUCUGAGAACAGGCUGCCUCUGGCCAGGAACGUGUGGGAAUGCUGUAGAAUGUGGUCUGGUAACGUUGGGGCACCUGCUCCUGGGUUGUUCUUGUUACGGUGCAGUCACCCCAUGUGGUCUUCAUGUAAUUUUACACAUUAUACAUAGAACUCCCACGCAGGUGUCUCUGAUCAAGAGACGCGGUCUGCGAUCCUGGAAACUACAUUACGUUUUUCUCGAUCUUCUGGAGUAUAUUAUUUUAUGACUUGGGCCAGCACGUAGACGAUGGUAAAACGUUAAAGACUAGUAGAUGCCGUGUUUACAGAAAUGCAUCAAACUCCGGAAGCUUCCAACCCCCUAAUCCUCCUAUUAUACAACGUGAAUGGAGACUUGUCCAUUUAUGGAAUACUGAAGCCCUCCGUGAUUCCCUUAUGAUAAUAAUAAAUGAAGCAUUGGCUCAGAAGUCCUCAAACUAACCAGUUUUAAGUAAUCCUAAAAAGCUCCCGAUUUUAUUGCUACUUAACUGCCUUGUUUUUGUCCCGUUGCACAGCGGCGUCCAUCUUUGUUGCAUGGAAUUGGUUGACCUAUUGUUUACAUGCCAAAUGGUUUGUGCUUAAAAAAAAUGUUGCCGGGUUUAAUACUGAAAUGUAAUUACAAAAUAAAGAAUUUUCUGAAAUUUUCA